AUGAUAGAUAGAUAUACGACAAAGCAGCAGCAACAACAGCAGCAGCAACAACAGCAGCAGCAACGACAGCAACAACAGCAGCAGCAAAAACAACAGCAAAAACAGCAGCAACAGCAGCAGCAGCAAAAACAACAGCAAAAACAGCAGCAACAGCAGCAGCAACAGCAGCAACAGCAGCAGCAGCAACAGCGGCAGCAGCAACAGCAAAAGCAGCAACAGCAACAACAGCAGCAGCAGCAACAGCAGCAACAACAGCAGCAACAGCAGCAGCAGCAACAGCAGCAGCAGCAACAGCAGCAACAACAACAGCAUCAUAAAGAGAUGAAUACCAUAUUAAUAAAGAAAUCAAUAACAACACAAAGGCACCCAAAUAAAAAAUAA